AUGAGGUUACUGACUUAUAUAUUUGCAGCUUUAAGUUUUGCUUAUGUAGGUGUCUUUAAAGUAUUGGGAGAAGAACAAAUGGUCAUUCCUGACCACUUUUACUAUGAAGAAGGUUCUAGAAUCAAAUUAUCCCAUGGUACUGUUAACUACCAAUUACAUCAGGAAAAUGAGAAUGGACCCGUCUCUGUUUGUCUUCAUUGUUUUAUGGGGACAAUUUCAGACUGCUCAAGUAUUUCCAAGAAUCUUGCAAAAAAUGGUUAUAGAGCUUUAAGAUUUGAUUUUUAUGGACAUGGCUUAUCUCAAUAUAAAAAUUUUGGAUAUUAUACUGUGGACGAUUAUGUUGAUCAAACAAUGGAAAUACUUGAGAAAUUGGGUCUUUACAAUGUAACUUCCAUUUCUGAGGAAGAAUUAAACUCUAAUACCUUUGUACCAAAGUUACAUGUAGUAGGUACCUCUUUAGGUGGAUUUGUGGCAAUGAGAAUUGCUCAAAGAUAUUCAAAACAUAUUAGCAAGUUAGUUCUGGAUGCUCCUCCAGGUUUGUUAAAAAAGAAGGUGGCACCUUAUUUGCAGUAUUCUAUUGUUAAUUAUCCACUUCAGCUCAUUGCAAAUAUAUACUCACCUGUUUGGGGAUGUUAUCAAUUUCUUGACCCACCAACUGAGAAUCUUUCUUCACCAAAACUUGAUUUCAGAGCAAAGCAUUAUUGUAAACAAAUACUUUUAACAUCUUUACAACUAUUCUUGGGAAUUAAUUUAUGGAAUAAUCUAGAAAUUUAUCAUGAAUUCAGCAAAGUUGACGUUCCAACUCUUUUCUUCUGGGGAGCUGAAGACAGAUUAUGUCCUCUUUCCUCCGCUGUAACUGUCUUAAAUGAAUAUGUACCAAACUCAAAGAUUAUUGUCUAUGAAAACUGUAAACACAGAUGCUCUAAAUAUUGCAAAGAACAAUUUGUUAAAGAUACUAUCAGAUACUUUAAUGAUGAAAUUAGUCAAGAGCUCGUAUCAGUAUCCCAAUACUAUAAUUCAGUAUCUGAUAUAAUCAAUUAUACAGAUAAAAGACUAAUUCCAUCAAUUAGAGGUACUACUUUAAGUUCUUCAUUAGAACCUACUUUUAAAACCGAAGAUACAUGUUUAAAAGGCUCAUCAGGUAGUCAAGAAAUCGCAAUUCAGUUGGCAUCUUCAACUACUGAUGAAGAUACUGAUGCUGAAGGGUCUAAGAAUGAUUAUGAUCAAUUUAACAAUGAAAUCUGCGAAAAUGGAAAUAAGUAA